UGUUCUUCCUUGAACCCCCCCACUCUGUUUCCAUGGCCUGCAAUUGCAAUGAGGGAUUCUGUGAUAACUAUCUUGUUAUGAACCCAAAGGAAGCAAGUUUUAUGGAUCUAUUCCAUCUCUUAUUUUCUAGUGACUUAGAGAAAAGAAAAUUUGUAAAACAUCAUCGAAAAGGCGCGAAGAAGGUCGAUCAUCGACGUCGAUGGAUCAUCUUUGUAUCUGUCUUCAUACAAAAAAUUCUUCUCCUCUCAGCAAAACCCAUGUCUUGGUUUGGUUCAGUUUUGGAGCAGUGGCUGAAUCUUCUUUUGUGUAAUGGUGGUUUCAUCAAACUUAUCUUCAAUCUCAUUACAGGGAAUGUUGUGAUGCCUCCUGAAAAAUCGUCAGCCACUUUCACAUCAUAUAUUGGAAGUCUGGAUACAAGACUGGACUUAGACAAGAGCAUCAAAAAUGGAGACAGCAGAUAUUAUGGAGAACUCUCUAUGAUGGCAUCUAAAAUAGUCUAUGAGAAUAAAGCCUUCAUACAAAAUGUAGUCACAAAUCACUGGAAGAUGAAAUUCUUAGGCUUCUAUGAUUUCUGGAAUGAUUAUGAACAGAAAUUGACAACACAGGCCUUCAUGUUCCAAGAUAAAGAGAUAAACCCAGAAAUUAUAAUGGUAGCAUUCAGAGGCACUGAACCAUUCAAUGCAGAUGAUUGGAUUACAGAUUUUGAUAUAUCUUGGUAUGAGCUCCCAGGUGUGGGAAAGAUCCAUGGUGGUUUCAUGAAAGCUUUAGGCCUACAAAAAAGCCAAGGAUGGCCAAAAGAAGUAAGAAAAGGGAAUAACAACCCUUCUGUUGCUUAUUAUGCAAUCAGGGAAAUGCUGAAAGACAUGCUAAAGAAGAAUGAAAAGGCAAAGUUUAUUGUGACUGGGCAUAGCUUGGGUGGUGCACUAGCUAUUCUCUUCCCAUUGGUAUUGUCUUUACAUGAUGAAGCAUGGUUAUUGGAGAGGAUGGAAGGGGUUUAUACAUUUGGGCAGCCUAGAGUAGGUGAUCAGAAGCUUGGAGAAUACAUGAACAAACAAUUUAAGGUGCAUAGUAUUAAAUAUUUGAGAUUAGUCUAUUGUAAUGACAUGGUUCCAAGGUUGCCUUAUGAUGACUGUACCCUCUUGUUUAAGCACUUUGGGACUUGCUUCUACUAUAAUAGCUUCUAUGAAGGAAAAAUUGUGGGAGAGGAACCAAACAAGAAUUACUUGUCGAUAUUGGAGGCAAUACCCAUAUACUUAAAUGCAAUGUGGGAACUGAUAAGAGGCUUCAUUAUUCCAUACGCAAAGGGAAGAGAUUAUGCAGAAGGAGGGAUUCUGAGAAUGUUUAGGCUUAUUGGAUUGUUACUCCCAGGAUUAUCAGCUCAUGGACCUCAAGAUUAUGUAAACUCUACCAGAUUGUGUUCCUCGAUUCCAUCCCUUCAAAUCCAAGAUCUAACUCACCAGAAAGGUUUGAAAUAUGAGAAAAAAAUAUAGAUUACACAUUAAAUUAAAAUCUAAAAUGCUAGAAUUUUAGAUUUUCAUUUGGAAGGUGUGUUUGGUGACUAUUGAUC